GGGGGUCAGAAUGGGCUGUCCCUCUUUUUUUUUUAUUUUUUUGUGAACACCCUCACACUCCAGCUGUCUGUCUCCACACUCCCUCACUCUCACACUGAAGAGGCAGAACAAGGCAGUAGAAGAAGACGAAGGGCCAGAUAGGAGCAACAGAAAGCAAAAGAGGCCGGAAGAGAAGAGGAGUGCAGAGAAAGAGCCAGAGACACACUCUCAAAGUGGAAUCCAAGGCCACAACCACAAGAAACUUGGCAAAAAAAGUGUUCUGAACUUGUGUCACAGGGGCAAACGUGAUUCUCAUAAACCAACCCACCUACCACAUACAGAUUCUGCAGUGUGAUUUAAAACCUUGGGUUAAAGCUGUGGGUUCUCCUCCUUUCCUCAAGGCCCUACAGCCAGUGUGCCUGUUGUGUGUGUGUGUGUAUGUGUAUAUGUGUGUGUCUGUGUUUGUCACGCUACUUGUACGUUUUCUUUGAACUCCAAAGAGGCAGGUGAAAGUGUCUCUGUGUGAAGAUGUGGUCUGUGUGUGUUUCAAUUGUGUGUGUGUGCGUUUCUGUGCUCCUCCACCAAGCUAUUUCACAGCCACCCACAGAAAGUGACACCUACACGGAAUGCACAGAUGGCUAUCACUGGGAUCCUCAAACUCAGCACUGCAAAGACAUAAAUGAAUGUGAAACUAUACCAGAGGCAUGUAAGGGUGAGAUGAAGUGUUUCAACCAUUAUGGUGGCUACUUGUGUCUACCGCGCUCUGCCUCAGUGUUCCCUGACUCUGAUCCACCCAACCAAAUCCCUACUGGUGUGGGUAACACCUCAAGUGAGCCUUAUAACCCAUGUCCCACUGGCUAUGAGGCUCAUGGAGACAGCUGCGUGGAUGUGGAUGAGUGUGAACAAGGACAUGACUGCCAACCCAGCCAGGAGUGCAUCAAUACAGAGGGUUCAUUCACUUGCCAGUGCCCGAAUGGAUACCGCAAAGUGGGAACUGAAUGCAUUGACAUUGAUGAGUGUCGGUACCGGUACUGCCAGCACCGCUGCGUUAACGUGCCCGGUUCCUUCUCUUGCCAGUGCGAGCCUGGCUUCCAGCUGGCAGGCAACAAUCGCUCCUGCAUUGACGUGGAUGAGUGUGACAUGGGCGCCCCCUGUAGUCAGAGGUGUUAUAACACGUACGGCACUUUCCUUUGCCGCUGUGAGCAGGGUUAUGAGCUUGAGCCAGAUGGAUUCACCUGCAAAGACAUAGAUGAGUGCAGUUUCUCUAGUUACCUUUGUCAGCACCAGUGUAUAAAUGAGCCUGGCAAAUUCUCAUGUGUCUGCCCAGAAGGCUACCAGCUCCUCGGGACUCGUCUCUGCCAAGAUAUAAAUGAGUGCGAGACAGGUGUGCACCAGUGCACGGAUAGCCAGACUUGCGUGAACAUUCAUGGUGGUCAUCAGUGUGUCGACACAAACGGUUGUCAGGAGCCCUAUGUUCAAGUGUCAAACAAUCGCUGUGUGUGUCCUGUAUCUAAACCUGGUUGUCAAGACUUGCCCUUCUCCAUUGUGCACCGUUAUAUGAGCAUCACCUCAGAACGGUCCGUCCCCUCUGACCUCUUCCAAAUCCAGGCCACAAGUGUCUACCCUGGAGCCUACAACACCUUCCGCAUCCGCUCUGGAGAUGACAGUGGAGACUUUUACAUCAGGCAAAUCAACAAUAUCAGUGCCAUGCUGGUGCUAGCCCGUGCUGUGACCGGACCCAAAGAGUAUGUUCUGGACUUAGAGAUGGUUUCAGUCAACCCCCUCAUGAGUUACCAGACUAGUUCGGCCCUUCGCCUAUCAGUCUAUGUGGGGCCUCAUGCUUUCUAAAUUAGAGUGGCAUUUAGAGCAGAGAGGGGGAGAGGGGCUAGCUAGUAAAAAUGGCAGAAAUGUGAAGUAUGGACAACAUAUCCAUUGAGGACGAGGAGGAAUUGAGUUGGAGAUAUUGGCAUAAUUAGAAGAACAUCUCCCCAAGUUUACUGGAAGAACAAAUGCCAAGCAAUCUCAUAAGAAAUCAGAACAAACUAUACAACUACUACUUCACAAGUGAUGCUGGUCACAGACAGGUAAUAUAAUUGCAGACACAGCCAUACCACACAUGGUUUUACUAUAUUUUGUAUGAACACCAAAUAAAGUAGAGCUGCACUACAAUUUCAAAAUCUGCUGUACAAUCCCUAUAGCUUUUCCUUUUACCCUUUCUCAUACCUCUCUUGUCAUCCAUGCUUAUUUUUAUGAUUGCUUUUUAUUUUUAUUUUUUUUACUUGAAAAUGUGUUUUCUUUCUAUUUUUCCUUUUGUAGCACAAAUUCAUUCCAAUUAUGGUUUUUGCCACAGCCCUUGCUGAUGGUUUAUGCCUCCCCCCUCUUUUUUCAGUUAUAUGUAGCAGUUUUAGUGUACAAAUAAUAUAUGCACCUCUGAGAACUUCUUUCUGUGUGUUGUGUGCCAUUAGUAAUCUUCAGUAACCACUUGAUUCUACAUCUAUAUCUUCUUCCGCCCCCACAGUGAUCACUAUUCACCUUAUUUGUGUAGUUGUCACACCAUGCUGUCAAUGUUGUACUUUUGUUGGACUUAUUACUGUAAUAAAGAUGAUAAAACCAUA